GGUAUAUUUUAUCGAUAAAGUCACACAGAUUUACCGUGGCUUUUAGCAAGUCGGUCAAGUUUUAGUGUUUCGUUAAAGCCUAGUACCACUAACCAUACAGUAUAUAGAUGUGCCAGUUCACACACCGACCGUGUCGCAGCUGAGUUUUCUGUCCCAGGUCCCCAGGUCUUCGGCUGGUGGACCUGGGACGUUCCACAUUUUUUCGACAUGUUCGAUUCAUGACGAGAUGCGAAAGCAAGCAGAGAAUUGCAAAUAUCAAUGCGUUCUUGGAGACCCUCGAAAAGGAUCUGCAACGCGACGUUGGAUCUAUUGAGACGGUCUUGGGACAGUGCAUAUACUUCGGGCUCUCCUUCAGCCGCGUCGGUGCCGACUUUCGGGCCCUCAUGGCGCCCAUCUUUAUGGGCGUGGUGCAGCGCAAAUUCGAGGCCAGCAUUGAGCAGGAGUUGGAGAGGUUCACGCUGAUCAACAAGGUGACGCUGCACUCCCGCAAGCAGGUGGAUCCCGCCUUUGCGCCACCAGAGACUCUUCUGGACUUCUACCCACUGGCCGCCCUCUGCAACGAGCUGCGGCUCUGCCUAUUCCCGAAUUCGCUCUCUUUGUAG